AUGCGUCUAAAUGCUGAGGAUAUCCACAAUAUAGCUGUGGAAGUGGCUAAGGUAAUGAAGAAUGCACAAACCGGUAAUGUUAACCAAUCUGGAGAACGACAUGAAGAAAGCUCAGCAGCCUCCACGCCAGUACAAAGGGAAGGAAUGGGCGAAAGGAAAAACACUAUUGCAACCACGCCACUAGAAGGAAAAGGUGAAUAUUCCAAAGCAAAGGAAUGUACUUAUAAGCACUUCAUGUCCUGUAAACCUCAAUCCUUUGACGGAAGAAAGGGAGCACUAGAAGCUCAAGACUGGCUCAACAGAAUGGAGUCAGUAUUAGACAUAUGUGAGUGUGAUGACCGCAACAAAGUACGGUUCGCCGUACAUAUGUUUGAAGCUGAAGCCCUUCACUGGUGGAACAUUGUGGUCCGAACAGAGGGAAAAGAAAAGGUUAAGGAGAUGAAGUGGGAGGAGUUUAUUCAUAAGUUUCUUGCUAAGUAUUGUCCUCCCAGUGAGACCGAGCAACUGGAAGUAGAAUUCUUUCAGUUAAAAAUGGGAAAUAAAACCUAUCGAGAGUAUGUUUCUCGUUUCAACGACAUAUCUCGACUGGUUUCUUAUUUAGUAUUGACUGAGGAACAACUGAUCAAUAGGUUUAUUUGGGGUCUACCCUCUGAAAUGAGGGUGUUUAUCAAAUCCAAAUCCCCCAAGACUUUUGCAGAAACUGUUGAGGCUGGCGUCGUCAUGGCUGCCGAGAUGAUUCUGCGGCAGGCUGAAUCUCCCGCACCAAAAAAGAAAGUGGGAAGAAAGAAAGGGGGACACCCGGAAUAA